CAAUGGUAUCAUGCAGAAUUCUUAUUGAUCUGUAUGUGCUCAUAUACAUUCUAAAUAAUUACAAGACUUCUUCAGAGAGUAUAUGAUUCUCCUAUGAGAAGAGAAUAAUAUACUUAUGUUCAUGUUCUUAAUGGUCAUGAAUAUGUUGAGCUCCUUGUCACCUUUGGUGACAGUUUCUGCAGGGUCUUCCAAGAGAGAACCACCAAUUCCAGAAUAGAUGCACAAUGUCUGGCUUUCAUAAAAAGCAUGUGGAUCAUCCAUCUUACUGGGCACUUUAGUAGCAACUGAUAACACACUUGGCUCUUCUUCUUUUUUUUUUUUGAUGGAUGAAGAACAUCUUGUGAAGCAGAAAGGUAAAAUUCUCUUCUUCCAUUGGAGAAAACAGAUACAUUCUUUCCUGAUCUUACCUGAACAGGAGUUCCUUUAUAAUCUCAUCAUGAAAUUCUGCUGAGAUAUCCUUUGUUUUCCUAGAAAAAUAAUCUGUGUUACUAUAAUAAAGAAAGCUUAAUAUGGGCAUGUUCUAACUUGUUUCCUAAUUUGAAUUUAAUUGAAGUAAAGUUUGAUUAAGCAAACACAGAUAUUUCUUUUCUUUUGGAUAGACCCUAGAACUUUUCCUCUCACAAGUAUUACUUCUUAAACUGUUACUGAAUGUAUAUAUUGUGUGUCAGAAUAAUAUUCAAGCAAUGCUGAAAUAGAAUCUUUCAAGAAACUCAUAACUAUAUUGUUUUAUUUUGGUGCCUAUCCCUGAGUUUCAAGCCAGGGAUAGAACUGCCUUAUGUAUAUUUUCCAGCAUGGGAAAAUGUUUGCAGUUUCUAAAACUCUGGUCAUUUUUGGAGACUACUACUAAGCCUGCAAAAGUUCAUAAAGUCUUAUUUAAGUCAAUUGCAAAAAGUCAGUCUGUCAGGACUGCAGUAACUGAAAAAAAAAAGAAAGCUUAAAAUGAAGUCAAAUAUUUAGAAUUGUCUGAGAAGCAAAAAAAAAAGAAAAAAAGAAAAAAAAAGAGCCCACUUAAUUGCUAUGGCAGUUGGCAAAAACAAGACUUCAUCCCAAUUGUUAAGAUUCUCAUUAACAUGAUAUUUAUACAGCAAAUUUAUUUUGCUCCAAAUAUAGGAAAACUGAUAGGGAAAAAGAAGACCAGGAAUAAUUUUUUACCUGAUCGUAGUUUUGUUGUUCCCUGCAUCAAAGCACCCUUAUCUUCAAAUGUUGAUAAUAUUUCCUGGAAUAAUUCCUGAUAUGAGAAUGGCUAUUAUAUUUUGGUGUAAUUCCAUAUUUUGAAAAAUGAUAAUCAGUCUAAUUGUCCCUCAUUCUUUUUCCUUCUCCUCAGACAGGAAGCCAUGACAGAUGCUGAGAACUUCACCUCCGUCAAGGAAUUCAUCCUGCUGGGACUCACCAGCCAGAGAAAAAUCCAGCUUCUCCUCUUUGGGAUCAUUCUUAUCAUCUACUUGCUUACAGUUUUGGGGAACUUGCUAAUCAUCAUAUUGGUGCAGGGUGAUGUAAAUCUCCACACACCCAUGUAUUAUUUUCUUUCCCAACUUGCAGGGGUAGAUAUCUGCUAUGUUACCAGCACCAUGCCUCUCAUGUUGACUCAGCUCCUGGCAGAUGAUGGAACCAUUUCUUUCACAUUCUGUAUGAUCCAGAUGUACAUAGCCUUGGCUACGGCUGCUGUUGAGAUUCUCCUGUUGGGGGUCAUGGCCUAUGACCGCUACCUGGCCAUCUGCCGACCUUUACUUUACCCUGUUCUCAUGGGCAAACACUGCCAGUUGCAGUUCACUUUAGCAUGCUGGAUCAUAGCUCCUCUGAUCUGUGUGAUUUGCAUUGUGUGCCUCAUUUGCCAAAACUAUUGUGGUCCCAAUCGGAUCGAUCACUUCAUAUGUGAGUUGCCAGUGGUGUUGAAACUUGCAUGUGGUGAUACAAAUAUUACUGAGGACAUCAUUUUUGGCAUAGGCUCAUGUGUCCUUUUGGUUCCCCUUUCUUUUAUAUUGACCUCCUAUGGAUUUAUUCUUCACUCUGUGUCACAAAUGAAAUCACGUGUUGGGAGGCACAAGACUUUCUCUACCUGUGUCUCCCAUCUCCUUGUGGUCUCCUUGUUUUAUGGCCCUUCCAUCUGCAUGUAUCUGCUUCCAAAGACUGAUUCAGCACCUAAUCGCGAUAAACAAAUUGCAGUCUUCUAUGUUGUGAUCACUCCUCUCCUCAACUCUAUCAUUUAUACUCUGCGAAAUAAGGACAUUCAUAGGGCAGCAGCCAAGAUCUUGUGAAGAAGGACCUUUGAACAAAACUUAUAGGGUUUUUGUCAUGAUUAAUGAACCUAAAUAAAAAAAAGCCCUGAUG